AGUGACAUUUCAAAAUAAAAUUCUUUUUGACAUUCUGCUUUUGCAUUCUCAUCUCAAAUUAAAAAAGCCGGCGGCAACAAGUCACAAGACUGUUGCUCUCAGAAUUAAAUAAUAAAUUCUUAGUACCUAUAUUGAUCAAGUUUGACUUAAUUUAAGUAAAUUAGAAAACAUACAAUGGCUUUUUUACCUAAACCGAAACCUGUAUUUGCAGUUGCAAGAUAUUACGCAAAAACUCGGAUCUUAUCAGGAUCUAUACGAAAUUUAAUGUCAAAACAACUGGUAUACAGCGAAUUUGGAGAUCCUCUAAAUGUUGUAAAGAUAAGAGAAAGUGAAGUUCCUGAUUUGGGCUCUCAGGAUGUACUCGUUCGCAUGUUAGCCGCACCAAUCAAUCCAGCUGACAUAAACACCAUUCAAGGUAAAUACCCAGUCAAAUUGGAAUUGCCUUGUAUUCCUGGAAAUGAAGGAGUUGGAAUUAUUGAGAAGGUUGGUGAACAUGUAUCUGGAUUUAAACCAGGAAACAAAGUUAUAGUUACAAAGCCUGUUCAAGGAACUUGGAGGGACAUUGGUACAUUUAACCAAACUUCAUUGAAGGUUGUGCCAGAUGAUAUAGGAUUAGUGGAAGCUGCCACUCUCACUGUUAAUCCGUGCACUGCUUAUAGAAUGCUAUCAGAUUUCCAACCAGUUCAGACCCAUAAUAUUGUUGUCAUACAGAAUGGAGCUAACAGUGCUUGUGGCCAAUGUGUCAUUCAGAUCUGCAAAGCAUGGGAUGUGAAAACUAUUAACAUUGUUAGGGACAGGCCAGAUAUAGAUGAAUUAAAGAAUCAUUUAUAUUCUUUGGGAGCUACUUUUGUCCUAACAGAAGAAGAAUUGCGAUCAACAAAAAUUUUUAAAGAAGAUAAAAUUGAGAAACCGAAGCUGGCUUUAAACUGUGUUGGAGGGAAAAGCUCAUUAGAGAUGUUACGGCACUUACAACAUUCCGGGAGCAUGGUUACCUAUGGAGGAAUGUCGAGGGAACCAGUAACCAUUCCAACAUCUGCAUUUAUUUUCAAAAACAUAGCAUUAUUUGGUUUCUGGAUGACUGCAUGGAAUGAAAUGGCUAGCAGCACAGCUAAAGAAGAAAUGAUGUCCCAUUUAAUCAGUUUGAUAUCGGAGAAAAAACUGAAAGCCCCUGUGCACAAAUUGGUAAAAUUUGAUAAUUUCCAGAAGGCCAUUGGUGAAACUCUAACUACCAAAGGAUUUCAAGGAUGAAAAAACCCUUGUUUGCCAACUCUACCAAGUGUACCAGGAGAUGAAGGUGUUGGUGAAGUUGUAGAAGUGGGUAAACAUGUCUGUAGAGUGAAGUUUGGUGACAGAGUUGUCCUAUCAUCCAGGCUGCUAGGCUCAUGGCGGUACUAUGGUGUUUAUAAUGAAAGGGAUGUCCAUCAGAUCUCAAAGAAUCUUCCUCUUCCUGAAGCUUCCAUGUUGUCAAUAGCCCCAUGUAUGGCAUACAGGCUGCUAAAUGAUUUUAGAAAAGUAGAGCAUGGAGAUACAAUCAUACAAAAUGCUGCAAAUAGCCCGUGUGGUCAAUCUGUUAUACAGCUGUGUAGAGCUCGAGGCAUAAACACUUUUAACAUUGUUGCUAGUCACUGUGGGUAUGAAGCGGUGAAAGCAUAUUUGCUUAGUCUAGGAGCUACUGCAGUGUUUACUUUAGAAGAAGCAGAAGAGCUCACUGCCUUCGACACAUCCUUAGCUAGACCUGUACUUGCCCUAAAUUGUUUAGGUGGUAGAUACGAAGAUGUCAUGUUAAAAUUACUUGAACGAAAUGGAGCUAUAGUUUAUUAUGGAUGUGGCUAUGAUCUACCUAUGGCAAAACAGUUUUUACGGUGCGAUGCAGAGUUCUAUAGAUUUCAUAUUCACGAAUGGGAAGGAUGUGCUUCCUGUGUGGAAAAAGACAUUAUGUACAAAGCAAUAACACAACAAAUGGUACAAGGUAAUUUCAAGGCUCCUGUAUAUCAAGCUGUAGAAUUGAAAGAUUACAUUUAUGCUUUGAGAAAUACUCUGCAUUGUGAAGCAUUUACAACUUUGAAUUAUGUUUUUGAUUUUACGGUGUAAUACCAUGAAGUUGAU